AACCUGUAAUAUUUUAAUAGCAAGGGCAGACCCCUGUCAUGUUUAUCAAGCAGGUGGUGAUCUGUGGGUUUCGGAGCUACAGGAAUGAAGUGGUCGUGGAACCAUUCCAUCCUCACCAUAACUGUGUUGUGGGAAGGAACGGAUCUGGAAAAUCUAACUUUUUCUUGGCGAUCCAGUUUGUGCUGAGUGAUGAGUUCAGUCACAUGAGACCAGAACAACGUCAGCAACUUCUCCACGAGGGUAGUGGACCACGUGUAGUUAACGCGUAUGUGGAGAUAACGUUUGAUAACACUGAUAACAGGAUACCAAUAGAGAAGGAGGAGGUCACUAUUAGACGAGUUAUUGGUUUUAAGAAGGAUCAGUACUUCCUCGAUAAGAAGAAUGUCACGAAGACAGAUGUGAUGAAUCUGCUUGAAUCUGCUGGAUUUUCCCGAAGUAACCCCUACUACAUCGUGAAACAAGGCCGAAUAAACCAGAUGGCUGUUGCACCGGACAGUCAGCGAUUGAAGUUGCUGAGAGAAGUAGCUGGUACAAGGGUUUAUGAUGAGAGGAAGGAGGAGAGUUUGGGUAUUUUGAAGGACACAGAAGGAAAGAUAGAAAAGAUAGACGAGUUUCUGCAGUACAUUGAGGAGAGACUAAAAACUCUCGAGGAGGAAAAAGAAGAGCUGAAGGAGUAUCAGAAAUGGGAUCGAAUGCACAGGUCACUUGAGUACACCAUGUACGAUAAGGAAUUAAGAGAGGUUCGGGAUAAGUUGGAGUCGCUAGAUCAGCAGCGGCUCGAGGAGGGAGACAGGACGAAAGACUUUACAAUCCACCUUUCUACCACUGCCAACGAGAUUAAAUUCCUAGAAAGGGAUCUGAAGGAGCUUGAGAUUAAGACUGCGUCUACUCGAAGUGAGCGAGAUCAGUUGGCUGAUGAACGUCAACUUCAAAUCAGACAGAGAGCCAAGCUAGAACUCGAUCUGAAGGAUCUAGAUGAGAUAUGUAAUGAUGAUUUAGCCACCAAGGGUACCUCAGCGGAGGAGCUAGCCCAGGUCGAAGAGCAGAUCAAGACAGCACAAGAAGCACUCAACCAAGUAGUUCCCCAGUUCCACGAACAGAAGAAUCUAGAAGAAUCCUGCAACUCUCAGCUGAGGAUCAACGAGCAGAGAAGGACGGAGCUUUACGCCAAGAAGGGAAGAAAUCUGGAAUUCACGGAUCAAAAAAAGAGAGAUGAGUGGAUAAGUAGUGAGCUGAAAACGUACGGAUCAAAUCUCUCUGACAAGGAGGAGCAAACCAAGACUGUUGAAAAGGAGGUUACAGACACUAAAGAAAAGAUAGAGAAGAUAACAGAGGAUAUAAAGGAACGAAGUGAGAAUCUUGAGGAAAGAAAGAAGGAAAUAGAAGAGACGAACAAGGAGCUGGGAGAAGCGAAGAUUAAAAGAGACGAGGUUCAAAACAAACGAAAGGACCUGUGGAGACAGGACAGUAACUUUGAGCAGAGUCUCAAUACCAGCAAGGAGCAGCUGGACGAGGCUGAGCGUCAACUCCGCUCCACAGUCAGCAAGGCGUUUAACAACGGUAUAGAUGCCAUCAAGAAGAUUGUACGUGAGAAGAACAUCAGUGGCGUGUAUGGACCCCUUAUAGAGAACUUCAAAUGUAACGAGAAGUUCUUCACCGCUGUUGAAGUCACCGCUGGAAACAGGCUAUUCUACAUCAUAGUAGACACUGACAAGACAGCUUCACAAAUACUGAGCAUAAUGAACAAGAACAAAAUGAACGGUGAAGUUAACUUCCUGCCUCUUAACAGACUCACCUUCAAGGAAGUCCAGUAUCCCACAUCCAACGACGUUAUCCCGAUGGUAAGCAAGUUGGAGUACAACCAGAUCUUCAAACCAGCCAUGGAAACAAUAUUCGGCAAAACUCUCAUCUGUCGGAGUCUGGAGAUUGCGUCCCAGUACGCGCGUAACGAGCACAUGGAUUGCAUCACCCUUGACGGCGACCAAGUGUCUCGCCGUGGUGCGCUAACUGGGGGGUACUACGACAAGCGUAAGUCUCGUCUGGACUCACAACGCCAGGUGUGGUACUGGCAGGCCAAGUUGGCGGAGGAGGAGACAAACGCUGGCAAGAUAAAGGGCGAUAUGGAGGAAGUGGACUCCGAGCUCUCAAAGCUGGUAAGUGCAGUACAGAAGUUAGAAACAAAGCAGAUUCAGCUAAGGGAAACUUAUGAGAGACAGAAAAUGGAUGUUCAGAACCUCAAUGUGGAGAAGAAACAGCUUGAAAAGCAUCUUGACACCAAGACCAGAUUAAAAUUGGCGCUAGAUGGAGAUCUAACUGCACUGAGAGGCACCGUGGCCUCACUCCAGCAGGAACUGGGAACCGAGCUUCUUUCUCAGCUCACUGAGACUGAACAGGAAGAAGUUAAGAAACUGAAUAAGGAAAUCGCCUCUCUUCAGUCUCAAAUUAGAGAUUCUCUCGAACGAAGGAGUAAAUUAGAAGUAGAGAAGAACAUGUACGAAAAUCUGUUGCACAAUAACUUAUUCAAAAGAAGAGAUCAGCUGUUGAGUAAUAUUGAUGAGUUGGGAAUGAGUGAGCGAAAACAGGAUUAUGAUAGUAAAAGAGCAGAGUUCUCUCAAGCGACCGAGGGAAUGGAAUCCACGAAGAAGCGAUUAGACUGGCUCGAGAAUGAAAUGGACGUAUACACGAAGAAAUGCAAAGAAUUGGCGACUCAGAUUGAACACAAAACAGGAAAAGAGAGGGAGAUUCAGGAAAGCAUUGAAGAAGAGAGCAAAAACAUGGAGAAAAUGGCAAACAAACGAGCUGUAAAGUUACGAAAGAAAGAGGAAGUGAUGAGAAAGAUCCGAGAGUUGGGGUCAUUACCAGCAGACGCUUUUGAGAAAUAUCAGAACAUGAGUUUGAAGGAGCUGUGGAAGCUCAUGAACAAGUGUAACAAUGAGCUGAAAAAGUACGCUCACGUGAACAAGAAAGCUCUGGAUCAGUUUGUAAGUUUCUCGGAACAGAAAGAAAAGCUUAUAGAGAGGAAGAAAGAGCUUGAUAAGGGAUUGGAUGCAAUCAAGAACUUGAUGGACGUUCUAGAGCACAGAAAACACGAAGCCAUUCAGCUAACUUUCAAACAGGUGUCCCACUUUUUCACAGAUAUCUUCAAGAAGCUAGUCCCUGGCGGUACCGCUACUCUAGUCAUGAAACGUUCAGAGUUCGACGAGGAGGGCAGUUCAGUCCCUCUCGUUGAGCAAUUCACAGGAGUUGGCAUCAAGGUCUCCUUCAGUGGAAAGGUUUCGGAGACAAAGGAAAUGCAGCAGUUAUCUGGAGGACAGAAGUCUCUGGUUGCUCUGACUCUGAUAUUCGCUAUCCAGAAGUGUGAUCCUGCUCCCUUUUACUUGUUUGAUGAGAUCGAUCAGGCGCUGGAUCCUCAACAUCGUAAAGCUGUCGCAGAGUUGAUAAGCAAACAGUCGGACACAUGCCAGUUCAUUACAACAACAUUCCGUCCUGAACUUGUCCAGGCAGCAAACAAGCACUACGGAGUGAUCUAUCGCAGCAAGGUGUCCCACAUCCAGCAAGUUACCAUGGAGGAAGCUCUGGACUUCAUCGAGGAUGAAGCACCUGACAAAUAAACACCCAACAAACUGAUCGAAGUGAUUUCGAGUUUAUUUUGACGGACCAUCUCUAAUUGGAUUU